CUCUUUUUGUGCCAUAAUUAAAUGGCUCAAGCAAAAUUUGAAAAAUUGGGAACAAUAUAUACUCGAAUUAAAGGUCUAAUAAGAGGUGGUGCUUUAAGGUUUGAAGAUCGUCCAUUAUGGUACGAUAUAUAUGAAAAAUAUCCGCCAAUAAACACCCAAUCUGUUAAAAAUCAUAUACCAAAGCUAAUAUACCCUGAAGAUUAUAUAAGAGCUUAUUUUUAUGAUAAUAUUGGACAAAAUGGUAUUAUAAAUUUGUUAGACCCAAAAACAGAAACGAUAUGUCAAAAAUAUGUUGAAAAAUAUUGUGAGAUUUUACAGGAUUCAACUGAUGAUAAUUUACAGCUCUUUGAAAAGACCAAGAAUGCUUUAGAAACAAAAGGAAUAAUUAAAGACAACAAAUUUUUUAACAAAAAUAUCAAUUAAUUUUAAUAUUAUUUGUAGAAUAAUAAAAAUUUUUUAAAAAUCUAAAGAUAAUUUAAUAAAUUCAAUCAUUAAUUAAAGAUUUGUUUUGCACAAAAAGCUUUAUUUUAGUUAUCAAAGCUCUUAAACUAUUUAUGGUGAUUAAUAUUUAAUAAAUUACUUUUAUUUGUUUAAAGAUUGAUUUAAAAUAACUAUUAUAUGAAAUGGCUAUUAUUUAUUGUUACAGUAUUUUAUUAGAAGCACAGAGUUUUAUUACAAAAUUGUCAUUUAUUAAUUACCAGUAUA